AUGAUCACUCUCAGGUAUUUAUCGACUGGAAUACCUUUUAAGUCUUUAUCAUUCACAUAUUGUAUUGCUCACAAUACAAUUGGCCUCAUUGUCUACGAAACAUCUGCAACGUCUGCAUUUAGGAAUGUGGAAAAAGAGUUUCGCCAUAAAUGGAAUUUUCCUAAUUGUAUCGGCGCCAUAGAUGGCAAGCAUAUCCGAAUGAAAGCCCCCCCGACAAUCAAAGAGAACGAAAUUUUCAGGCGAGGGCACGCUCUCGCCUCCGAGCAAUUCCGCGUAUUUCCAACCGUCUCCCCAUGCUUCUACAUGCCCCUCGCCUGUAAGUCGCACACUUUUUCAUUCUCAUUGCUAGAAGGGCCGGCAUUUUCAGGUACACAAUAUUAUAACGAUAAAAAAUAUUUUUCUCUGCAUUUGCAAGCAGUAGCAGAUGUGAAUUGGAAAUUUAUCGCCAUUGACGUUGGUGAAUAUGGGAGUCGUAGCGAUAGCAGCGUCUUUAAUUCGUCAUCAUUGUUUGAGCUCAUUCGUUCAAAUCGGCUCAACAUCCCUCCUCCUAAACCACUGCCUGGUACUACCCAAAGAAUGCCUCACGUGUUUAUAGGCGAUCAGGGUUAUCCACUAAAACCUUUCUUACUGCGGCCUUUUCCGGAUAGUGAAGAUCCGGCAAAAAAUUACUUCAACCAUCUGCUGAGUAUGGCAAGACGCUGCGUUGAAUGCGCCUUUGGUUUGUUGGUGGUAAAAUGGCUGUUCAGGCACAGCCCUGUCACUUCAUAUCGUGCUUAACGAAACACGAACAUUCUUCGUUCAAUUUCGAGUGUUCGGCUCGAUCGAGUAGUUUAUAAAUAACAGUGAAUGUCGCGAAUAAACUCUCUCUUCCAAUUUUGCUGCACAACGAAUAACUGCUGAUUACACCAACCGAAACCGCAUUUAGCGCUGGGCACUACACACAUCACUACCCAUCUACGCAUUUUGGAACCCAGCAGCGAGCCAAGAAACAAUCACUUCACUCCCGGUCUUAACCUGAUCGAAGCCGUAACGUGUUACUUUCCUCUCCUACCUAAGCCCGAUGACCCUAACGCGACACUUACCCCAUAGUAUUUCCUCGUCAACCUAUCGGUACAGCACUUGACGACGGCAGUUCGACAAAAAAAUGAUAAUAUUGGCUUUCAUCAUCCAUCACUCUGGCCAUUUGAGCGCAUCAUCCGUGCGCACACCGAGAACGAUAGGUUGGGACGGGUACUAACGUUGAUGUUGUGGACAGACCGCUGCCUCAUCUUGAGGGCUCGCCGUUGACAGCAGGGCUGUCAUCCGGUGACGUCCUCAGUGAGGAUCGCGGCGCGAGAAGGACCAGUCGUCCUCUCCUCGCAUUGCGUGUGUGUAUGCGUUAUAUAUUGUAUUGUGUUAUUGUAUAACGAUACCAAAGAUAGUUGUUAAAUAUAUAUUCUGUUUGUGCCGUACACACAAAAUGUUUACGUUUCAUUUGUGCGGACACAACAGUUGAAAUAAUGAAA